AUGGAUUUUGUGUUUGCGCCUGCUGAAGGGGCUUCGGGUGGGUUGGUUUCUCUUUGGGACAGAAAAUUGCUAGAGGUUAGUUGUUCGCUAAUUCAGAGGAGAUUCAUAGCUAUUAAAGGGAAACUUGUUUCAGCAAACAAGGAAAUAGGUGUUAUUAAUGUUUACGGUCCGAAUUCGCAAGGAGAACGUAGAGAGUUCUUUGAGACAUUGAAGUCUAUCAUCUCUAGUUGGUGUAUUCCGGUGAUAGUAGGAGGUGACUUUAAUUCUGUUAGAUGGCAAUCUGAAAGAAUAGGUGCCCAUGAUUAUGCGUCUGCAUCGAGGAUUUUUGAAGAAUUUAUUUUUGCUUGCGAUCUGGUUGAGGUGCCUAACAUAGGCAGUUCGUUUACUUGGUUCAGGGGUGGCGGGAAUGCAAUAGCAAGCAGACUUGACAGAUUCUUGAUUUCUACUGAAAUUUACAACAUGUUGCCUCAAUUGGUACAAUUUUCUCUGCCCAGGGGAUUAUCUUACCACAAGCCAAUUGUUCUUAAAGAAAAAAGAUCAAAUAAGGUUUCCAGACCUUUCAAAUGGUUCAAUUCUUGGGCGUAUGACUCUAUUUUGGUGAAAAGAAUUAAUGACUUAUGCGUGGUUAAUAAAGGUAUAGGGAUCAAUAAUCUGUUAUUGUUGGCCAAGAAUUUGACAAAGGAUAGAGAGUUGGAAUUUAGAGAGCUGAAUCCUGAGUCAGCGGAAGAGCUUGGUAAAAGGAUUGAAGCGUUAGAAGAUAGUUGGUUGUCGGAUCCAUGCAAUCCCCAUUUUCAGUUGGAGCUGUCCACGUUGAAAGCGAGAUUGUGGGCUGUAGCUGGUAUUAAACAUGCGUUUGUUAAUUAUUUCUCUGCUGGUUAUAAUUUGGUGAACACUAUUCCUCUCAAGAAAUUCGACGUCCCACUAAAGAGAUUAACCGCUGUUACCAGAAGGUUCAUUGAGUGUCCAUUUUCGGAAGAUGAAGUUUGGCAUGCCAUAAAGUCUUCUGACGACACAAGGGCGCCAGGUCCUGACGGCUUCAGUUUGGAUUUUUUUAAGAAAUUUUGGCAAUAUAUUAAAGGAGAAGUUAUGAAGUUUAUGGAGGAUUUCUAUUGGGGCAAAGUAGAAGAUCUCUCCUUUAACAAAUCUUUCAUUGCGCUUAUCCCGAAGAAAGCUGAAGCCAUUUCUCCUGAUGAUUUCAGACCAAUUUCCUUGGUGGGCAGUUUGUAUAAGAUCAUUUCUCGCGUUUUGGCGAGGAGGUUGGGUAGUUGCAUCAUUGACGUGAUUGAAGAAAAUCAAUUCGCUUUCAUUCGUGGAAAGCUAAUUGCCGACUAUAGUCUAAUUGCUAAUGAAGUAAUUGACGGACUGUUGAAAAGUGAGGCGCUAAGUGGCUUGAUAAAGAAGGCGUCGGAUUUGGGGCUUUGUUGUGGAGUGGAAGUUGGGGUUGGGGGCUUUAUUUUAUCUCAUAUCCAAUUUGCUGACGACUUGCUGAUUUUUUCUGCUCCAAAUCCUUUGUCAAUUUUGAAUUUUAAACGGGUACUAAAAAUAUUUGAAGUGGCUGCUGGGUUGAAGUUGAACAUGGGAGAAACUAAGAUAUUUGGCUUCAAUGUGGAAGAAAGUAGAGUGAGAAUCUGGGUAGAUUCGAUUCUUUGUGGUUUGGCUGAGCUUCCAUCGACUUAUUUGGGGUUGCCUCGUGGCCACAAGAAGAAUUCUUUGUCUCUAUGGAAUCCCAUCUUAGACAAAGUAACAAGCCAGCUACAAAGUUGGAAAGGUAAAUUGUUUUCAUUUGGUGGGAGGUUAACUCUUAUUCAAUCUGUACUCGUUAAUCUGCCUGUUUAUUACAUGUCCAUUUUCUCUUUGCUUAAGUCUAUUGCGGACAAGAUUAAUAGAUGCAUAGCGAAUUUUGUCUGGAAUGGCAAGUCGGAUAGGUGUAUCCAUUGGAUUAAGUGGGAAUAUUUGUGUAGACCGAAAUCAGGUAUUUUCGAUGUUAAAACUAGAAAUCGUUCCUUGUUUAACAAAUGGAUUUGGAGGUUCAGUAUGGAGGAGGAUAGCUUAUGGAGGAAGAUCGUAGUAGCCAAGUAUAAUUAUGAUCAAGAAGACAGUUCCUAA